AUGGUGCUGCUUGUUCUUAUUCACUUCAUGAUUUCGGUUUACAUGCAUCACAUACAGAAACCCGUUUUCUUCGCCGAACAUUACCCCUUUUCACCACCGGGUCAUUUGGAAAAGAAAACAGCCAAAAUGAAACUCCUCACCCUCAACUUCCUCACCUGCGCCGUAAAAACCUGCAAGUCCUCCUCGGACUCGUUCCCCCUCCACCCAAAGGACGCCGAGCUCGCCUCGGACGACGUCGAGGUCAACCCGGAGCUGUUGGUCAACUUGCUUCCGAGGCUGGACUGGAAGGCGCUCAAGACGACGUCCGCAGAGCUCGGCUUCCCCCAACUCCCAGACUCCCCACCAACCAUCGAACAACUCCAAUCAGACGACAAGUUGUUGAAAGACCUGCACUCGCUGCUCAUGGAGACGAACCUGAUGGAGGGCAAGCUCGUCUGCGGGGUGUGCGGGCAUGAGUAUGCCGUUCGGGAGGGGAUUCCCAACUUUUUGCUGCCGAGUCAUUUGGUUUGAAGUUUCUUCUUUUGGGUGGACGGACAGUUUGAGGAAGAGCGGGAUCGAUAUUGGGAGGGAAAGGCAAAAAAUCACGAUUGGGCC